AUGGACUUACUAAAGUGGAUGAGACAGGAGGUCCAGCUAAAGAAGAUGGCCCUGGUUAUUGUGUUUAUCGCCUUGUUCCUGGAUCAUAUGCUGCUGUCAGUGGUUGUGCCAAUCCUUCCAGAUUACCUGUACAUGACUGACCAGACUGCCAUCAGAACCUCUGAGAACAGCACUGCCCUCACAGUCAGUCCUCCUAUCAUCCAGUCACUCAGUAACACAUCAGCGAGUCAGGGCUCCACAUUUGGACCUCCACAACAGAGUCCAGCUCUGUCCACUGAUCCCACUGUGGCCCUAAAAUCCCCUGAGUCAAACUGCUCUGAUGCAGAUUCUCAGCUGGACAAAGUGAACAUCAAAGUCGGUCUGCUGUUGGCCUCUAAGUCCACCAUACAGCUUAUCAUUAGCCCCUUCAUCGGGCCUCUUACUGACAGGAUUGGAUAUCACAUCCCAUUGUGUGCUGGUUUCAGUAUAAUCAUCUUCGCAAUCACUUUGUUUGCCUUUUCAUCUAGCUACCUCUUACUGCUGCUGGCCAGAUCAAUACAAGGUGUAGGUGGAUCCUGCUUGUCGGUGGCAGGAAUGAGUAUGGUGGCUGAUGUGUACAAAGAUGUCGAGGAGAGAGGACGUGCAAUGGGUAUAUCGUUCACUGGUUUGGCCUUAGGAUUAAUAGCUGGCGCUCCUUUUGGCAGUGUGAUGUAUGAGUUUGUAGGAAAGAUGGCUCCAUUCCUGGUCCUGGCGGUCAUCGCUGUGUUGGGUGGAGGUUUACAUGUCCUCAUCUUUCAACCCUCGCAGGUGCAAGCAAAGAUGGAAAAAGGGACUCCUCUCCUGACUCUCUUAAAGGAUCCAUACAUCCUCAUUUCUGCUGGAGCCAUAUGUUCUACAACUAUGGUUAUUGCCACAAUAGAGACAUCCCUUCCUAUCUGGAUGAUGAAGACCAUGUGUGCUAGCCAAUGGCAGCUAGGCACAGUCUUCUUGCCAGACAGUAUAUCCUACCUUAUCGCAUCCAACAUCUUUGGUUACCUGUCACAAAAAUACAGUGGAAGGUAUGUUGAUCUGAGUCUGAAAGCAUAG